GGUUGGUGAUCAAACAUACGACAUAGUUAAUGUGGUCUAUAUUUGAUUUUACUGUUUCAUUUGAUUUUACUGCUUCCUUGCUGAAUCUUACACUAUGUACUGUUUGCGAUUCCGUCCCAGUUUGAUAUGCAGCUAGGAUUGCUUGUCAAUUAAAGUCAUUUUUAACGUGUUCAAUAAAAUCACAUAUGCACUUUCAUACAGGUAUACCUGGGCGUCUUACGGCAUCCCAUGAACCACCUCCAGUCCUGUUUCUCCGAGUACGGCCUGCAGAAACUGUACAACCUCCCCGCUAAGGAACCCAUCCAGAACUUUCUGGACGAUCCCUACACCUGGGAGAGGAAACUUCAUUCACACAGGAUGAAGAGGAAACCGUACUCUUUCACCAAAAAUUUGCAGGCAUACAACUUUGGCUAUUCGCUUGGUCUCUCGGAAGACCUCGAACGGACGAGGAAGUUCGUUGACCGCAUCGCCUCGGAGUUCAAAGUCGUUCUCAUCCUGGAGUACCUGGACGAGUCGCUAGUCGUGCUGAAGCGCGAGAUGUGUUGGAACACCAGAGACAUUUUGUACACAAGCAAAACUUGCUGUCAACUACACGACACCUUGCGACUCUCUGACAAACAGCGAGAAAACCACCGCACAUUCGCAACCGCAGAUUACAUGAUGUACGAUCGCUUUGUCGACAUUCUCAAGGACAAAAUACAACAGCAAGGUCAGGAUUUUCAAGACGAGCUAGAAGACUUUAAGAAACUAAACAAGAGGGUGAAAGACUUCUGUGAUUCCGAAUACACCAGUGAAAAGAAAGUGAUGACUUUGGAAGCGACAAAUUGGUAUGAUAAGAUUGAAAUUGACCGGAAGACGUGUCAGCUUCUGAGAGCGAAUCUUCAACAACUUCGGACGCUUGCCCGAGAAGGAUUGGUCGAGAAGGGAAGGAUUCUAACAUCCAGACGGCCUGUCGGAGAUUAAAAGUUCAUAGCGUGUAUUUAAAAAGAACAGGACACGAUAUACUUUUAACCAAUGAAAUAAGGAGGAAUGAAGAUAUCUUUUUUUAGGUAGCCAGGUUAAAUCUCGCUUAUAGAAGCCCGCCCAACAUCCGCCGGCCUUUGCGGGGAGGGGCCUGUUACAGCCCCGGACA